GCGUGUUUUGCUGUUCGGUUGGAACCACUACGUUUCUCAUGUUUUGUUCGAUACAUUGCUGAUCAUUUCAGUGGAAAUGGAGGCGUUUAAUCAGCUUCUUUCGGAAUAUCCUGAACUAAUGUACAGUGGAGUUGGAGCUACGGCGUUUGUCGCCGGUGGAGCGCUGAUAUACAAAAUUGCCACCAGAAAGAAGCCGACUUUUGCAAAUGUGAACUGCUGGUUCUGUAAUCAGAACACAGUGGUCCCCUAUGGGAACAGGAACUGCUGGGACUGUCCCAACUGUGACCAGUAUAAUGGCUUCCAGAAGAAUGGGGAUUACAACAAACCCAUCCCGGCUCAGUACAUGGAGCAUCUUAACCAUGGAGUAUCUGGUAGUCUUCCCUCGUCUGAGACACCCAAGACACUGCAAUGGGUCAACUGUCAGAUGCUGCUAUGCAGAAAGUGCAAUAACAACCAAACUGUAAAGAUCAAGCAGUUGGCAUCAUUUAUUCCAAGGGAUGACGAAAACUACGAUGAGGAAAUUGAAGCUUACAAGCACCACCUGGAGCAGACCUAUAAGUUAUGCAGGCCAUGUCAGACAGCAGUGGAGUACUACAUCAAAUAUCAAAACCGUCAACUUCGAACAGUGCUCCUAAACCAUCAGCUGCGACGCAGCCGAGAAUCGGACAAGGGCUUCGUAAAGAGCUCCUACUCUGCGUCUUCUCCCGUGGGGGUCAUACUGUUACGGGCCCUCACCUUCCUCAUAUGUGCUUUCCUAGUUGCUACAUCUUUAAGUGAGUUGAGGGACCAGCCUACUCCGCCUAGUGGCCCACAGACAUUAAGUGGUGGGGUAAUUCCUCCAAAGCCUAACGUCUCCAAUGAAUCCCACCUGAACAACGAAAGCAGUGGAGGCGUGCCUGCAUGGCAGGAUCUGCUGGAGCUGCUCCCAGGCCAGGCCAUUGAAAAUGUCAAGCUGGUGUGGCAGCAUGGAAGGAACAACCGGCUGGCUGUAGUCUCUGUUGGCCUGUUGACAUGUCUCACCGCUAUCUUCUUAGCAGGACCUGUGAGGUUGAGGAGAAUUGAUGCUGUGGCCUCUGUCCUGUGGUUCUUCAUCCUAUGCCUCUACCUGGCUGAGAGCUACUUGACUGGAGCCUUGGGCUGGAUGGACACAGCCAAGCUCAGUGCCAUCUCCCUCUGUUGCCUAGUCAGCUUUGCCGCUGCUAUGGCUACUCGCAAACCACUGGGUCCAAGAAGAGCCAGAUAUCGAAGAUACCUUGCAGGCAACUCUGCAGUCCCCCCCUUCAGCAGCCAUCCUCCUUUGUUCUCUCCUGACCUGGCAGACUCUUUUGUCCCCAUGCCGCCCCCCAACCUCUCCCUGCUCAUCAAACGCCAACAUGGUCCUCGCGAGCGCAAGGCUUCCCCUUCCUCUCUGCCUGGGCGCCUCAGCAGAGCCCUUUGCCUUGGCACCAUCCCCUCCCUAACCAGGACAGAUUCUGGUUACCUGUUUAGCGGAAGCAGACGAGCCUCACAAUAUAAAGACUCCCCGCCCUCUGACUACUUCUCACUGAAGUCUGCGAGCCGCCCAUCAUCUCCGGGCCCCUCUCCGACUCCUUCGGUAGCUGGAUCAGUUACAUCCAGUUCAUGUUCUGCCAGACAGCGGCGUCCCCUCAUCAGUCCUGCUCGCCUCAACAUCAGCGGCCGGAAACUCCGGCUUUUCUCUGCAGAGCCAGAGCCCACACUCAUGUCCCCACCUUUGUCCCCAUCACAUUUUCAUGUAGAGCCAGCCUCUUCAACUUACAGUGGCUGCUUUUCACCUGACACAUCACCCUUCCAGAGCCAAAACGAUUUGAGUUCUUUGUUAAGGGACGGCAGCGUGAUUGAAGAGGAAGAGAAGCGAGGCAGCUCCUCAGAGUCCUCCGCAUGCCUGGUUGGCACUACUACACAGGGGCUGGAGAGCACAACUCCUCCAAAAGGUUUUGUGAAGCGUCUCAUCUGGCCAGGGCUUUUGUUAGUGAGCCUGACCACCAACCUGUUUUUCACCUCCCUCUAUAUGUACCAAACCUGGCGAUGAACUGUUGAUGGGUCUGCUGCUGUUCUCUUGUGACCUGCACAGUGUGAGUCGGCCUCUGGCCCUUCACAACCCUGUCAUGUCUGUAGACUUGGAGGUCAUUCAGCAAUGCCAGAAAACAUCUUUUCUAACAGUUACUUAUUGUUUGCUGAUGCUUGGUGAAAAAACAGAUGUCAGCUGGCAGAUUUUCAACAGCUUACCUCCCACUUUAAUGGAGCUAUGAAAAAACUGUAUGGUCAAAUCAGAAAUCACAUCUCUUUGAAUUUGUGAUUCAUGAUUGCUUGAAAAUGUUUUGGCUUUUUUGAUCUGGCCUUGUUUUGUCUUUUGGUUUGUCAUUGCUCCUCUUACAUGAAGACAGGUGCAUAUGUAAUUGAUUUAAAAAUCUCAAGUGUUGCACUAAUGCAUGAUGGCUUUUUCAAAACCAUUGUGUGAAAUGUGCAAUAAACAUGUACUGUUCAUUCGAUGCUGCUUGGACACAGAGGGCCAUGUCUUACCUGCUUAUACAGAUUGUGAGGAGUGCGUUACUUCUCCCUGCUGAAUAACAUUACUGGUUAUCUACAAUAUCCAAACAUUGGAAAACAUUACGCAGCAUGUUAUGUCUGUGAUGUAUAGUUACAGUUUUGCAUUUAGGAAAUUUGUACAGAUUUUCUCUUUGGAGUCUCAUAAUUUCACUGCACUUGUGUUUGCCACCUACUUUUUAUGUAUAUUCAGCUGGGAACGAGUGGUGUGUCAAACUAUUCAGUUGUGUUAUUUUGAUAUACAGUUUACAGUCCAACAUUUUUAAUAUUAAUGGUCAUUUAUAUCUCAUACCAUCAUUCACUACAGAAAUAGUUCUCUUUCACCAAACCGUUUAAUUUUGUGUUAUCUCUUAAAGAUUACUGUUCACAGGCUGGUGAAUAGUGAGGGGCAAAACUUCAUGCUCAAGUGCAAUAUUUUUUAUUUUAUUUCCAAUCUAUAAAAAAAAUCACAUUCAAAUGUACAUAUUUGCAUACGGAAGGCACAUAUUCAGAUAGAAGUUGUACUCCUAAUUGAGAUUUGAAUUAAUAUAUACAGUAGUUUUCUUACAACUUGAAACAUCACGUUAAAUUGGAAUGAUUUUGCACUUGUUUUGGUUGUGUUGUAUUUUGAAUAUGAGGUUUGAAAUUAUUGUAGUAGAGAUAAGAGCACAGAUGUUUAUUUUGUGUGUGUAUUUGUUGAACAUAUGAGCUACAAAAAGUUGUACAUUUGGACAUGUGUAAGUAAAAAUCACAUGUUAGGCUUUCGGGUGUGUAUUUUCAUUGUUGAAUGACCAUGAGCUUGAUUGUUGGGAGGAAUUACUGGCUUAAGUGGUUUCAGAUCUCAGAUACUUUAUUUGAAUUUGUAGUCAUUUAAAGUGCAUUUGUCAGUUUGUUUGAAGUUGAUAUUUUGAGCCAAAGUACUAAUGAAUGAAAUUAAAGUUUGAAGAAAAAAAGCUUCUGAGAAAACUAAAACUUACUACUGAAAGACAUCUAAAUGACUGGGAAUUGUCUAAUGAUCUAAUGAACUAUCAUUAGACAAUCUUGUAACUAAUAGUAGUUUGUAAAAGUUAUUGUAAUCUUUCAAUACACUGUAAAUACAGGCUGUUGCAUUUGUACCUAAUGUGUAACCUGGCAUGUAUUUCUUCUUUGAAGAAGGCUCAUUCAUUGAAAGAUCAUGUACAUGUUGAAAUGUAAAUGUUCCUUCAGCCAUGUUUAAUUUUUCCUGAAUGAGACUAACCAUCAUUUAUCAGUUAGAUAUAAAAAGAAUUUACUCUUGAAUUUGUAUUUACAGCGUAAUUAAAGUAUGUUGUACUUUUUCUUCGCGCUUCACAUUACCAUUAUGUCAAACCAAGAGUCUGUCUUAAGUUCUCUUUAACAGUUUCACCAAUUGUUAUUCCACUGUGUUCAGAAAUGCAAUUGGUCUGCAAAAGCUGUUUGGACUGUGUGAUUGUAAGGAACAACAUUAGCUUGUUUUAUCUGGACCCAUACAUUUUUAAUAAAGUGUUUUUUGCAAUUA